AUGGUGCGUGGAUUUCUCUUCAGCGCACCCACGGGAUCUGAUCUCAGUCCACCCUUUCACCCUACUGGAUCAGAUUUAGGAGCACCUUUCAGCAUCAAAUACCACGCGACUCGUGCGACCCUAGCGAUACUGGGAUCGGAGAUUGGGAAGAUCUCAUCUUUGCAUAAAGCAAGUAGCAAAACUAUAGGCAACGUGCCCAAGCAAGCCACCACUGCUAUGGUUAGAGGAGCUGCGAUAGCCAUUGGUCCAGAAAAGCUCGCUGAAGAAGCAGCAGUGAACACCCUAGAUUUAUUAGAUGAUUAUUCGAUAAUUGUGCUUUGGUUCUUGCUGGUAUUGGCAGCACGCCUCGAUUUCCGCAAAGCAUAUAAGCUAGUUCAGGCGGGUGCUGUCUGGAAAGUCCUCUCGGGAGGGGAGAAUAUUGAAGAGGCAAUGCAAGAGCUCAAAAACCCGCAAGGAGAAAGUCUAGUGGACUACUUUACUUCAAUGAGCUUGCAAAUGCUUGCAUCACAAAGACUUCGUGACGAAGAUGGUAAGGGAGCAGGAGAGAUGAGCGAUCUAGGUUGCCACUCUCACAUCGACGAGCCACCGAAAGGUAUAGCAGAGGACAGGGAAGACGAAAGAUACAGUGGGCCCUUCUCUGGAGCACUCUACAAAGAGUUUUUCUACCAUUGCCUCGGCAUCGCAUCGACAGCGGUGGGGACAACAUUCUUCACCACCGACACAGGCUACAUUGGUCGUGCCAAACACGCUAUCGAGCUCGGCGAUGCGCUCUGUGUACUUCAAGGUUCGAACUAUCCGGUUGUUCUUCGACCAUGUGAAGACGGCACUUAUCGCCUAAUCACAUGGACGUACACUCACGAUGUGUUCGAGGACAGUGAGACUGCUUUCGACUUGACGGGAUGCGAGAAGAGAUGGUUUGAGUUGUCUUGA